CUGGAAAUAUCCUUUAGUAGUCAAAUAGUCAAGAACUUAAGGACAACAGUCGGGCCAUUCCCGAGGAAUUAUUUUUGUACAAAUUCACGGGAAGUUUGUUAGUGUCAGCAAGUCGUUACACGAAUUUCAAAUGGGUCUUUUGUCUUUACUGAGAAAAAUCCGUCCAAAUCCGGAAAAAGAAGCACGAAUUCUGCUCUUGGGAUUAGAUAAUGCCGGGAAAACAACUUUGCUCAAACAACUUGCAUCCGAGGAAGUAACUCAGGUUACACCUACUGCCGGUUUCAACAUUAAAUCCGUGGCUGCAGAAGGAGUCAAAUUAAAUGUUUGGGAUAUUGGAGGACAAAGUAAAAUUCGCCCCUAUUGGAAGAACUACUUCGAUAAUACAGAUGUGUUGAUAUACGUUAUUGACUGCACUGAUCACACUCGAUUAUCUGAAACUGGCAAUGAAUUAAUGGAAAUCCUUGAAGACGAGCGCCUAAAAGGAGUUCCGCUAUUGGUAUUUGCAAACAAACAGGAUGUCGCUUCAGCCAUGUCAGCUUCACAAGUAGCGGAGAAUAUUGGACUCAUCAAUUUGGAAGGAAGAACCUGGCAGAUACAAGCAUGCACGGCAAUAAAUGGAACAGGAGUAAAGGAGGGAAUGGACUGGGUUUGUCAAAAUAUCAAGAGGGACUAAAUUUUAAUUAAGUGUUUAGAGCAAUGUUUGUACUUAUAAAUGACCACAGACCACAUCCCAACUAGCUGAUAGAUUUUGUGCAAUAAAUUCACUGAUUUAUUCUACAUA